UUGUUUUCAGCAAUUUUCAACAAUAGUUGCGCAAGGGGUGAAAUAUGUAUUGGUGGGACAGUUUGUAAUCCAAAGGUCAAAAUAUGCCUUUGUCCGGCUGGCACAUUCAUUAACCUCACUAGUUUUUCUUGCACUCCUAUCAGUUUUUCACUAAGACCAUUUCAACCGGUGGAUUUGAGCAGAUAUUCGCAAGAUGGACACAACAAUAAUGUAGUGCUCGAAGGAAACGAAUUUCGUAGUCAAGUGUCACCUGGAAGUAGCUGUUCAAACAACGAGUUGUGUGGUGGUGGUUCAUUCUGUGCUCUCCCGAUGAAAGUAUGCCUUUGUCCUGAUGAUACGAUAGAUUUGCAAGGUCAAUGUCAACAACGUAAGAUGAACUUUUCCACUACAGGCUACUUGGGUACAAAAUGCCAAAAUACAGAGCAAUGCUUAAGUGGUUUGAAAUGCACCAAUGGCACAUGCAAAUGUCAGCACCCAUUUGUUCAAGAAAAUAACCGCUGUGUAGUGAAAAGAAUAACUGUCGAAGUUGGUCCUGGUGAAAUGUGUAACAAUGGGCAGGUGUGCACUCGUGGUUCAAUCUGCCAUCCAGGCAUUCCUAUAUGUGUUUGUCCAGAAAAUUUCAUUCUUCAAGAACAUUCUUGUCUUCCAGUAGCUUCAGUAAAGAACAUCAUUAUCUAUUUUGCAGGCACAAAUAAUCAAGUUAUAAAUUAUCGAAUGCUAUCAGAAGGUCAGUUAAGUAGGAACUUAACAACAAAAACACAAAAAUUCCCCGUCACGUCUGGAUUACUUAUAAAAUUAGAUAGGCUGCAGCAAGCUACUGUUGGGGUACCGUGUCAAGCUAAUACUGAUUGUGUUGUUGGAGCAUACUGUAGAGGUGACAGUAGUCCACCUACCUGCCAGUGUUUAUCUACUCAUGUCAACAUCAAUGGUUUUUGUAAAAAAGUGAUUUAUCCAGGUCGGAAUGGUUGUCAGUAUGAUGAACAGUGCUCAGUUGCGUAUCCUCAGGCUAAAUGUUCUUCAGGUCAAUGCAUAUGUCCGCAUGGUCUAAUUUCUGAAGAACAAACUUGCAAACCAGUUUGCUUACUUUUGCUCAUUUAUAAAAUAAACUUUCGAGAAAAAACUAAUCCGCAUGGAGUUAUUGCGUGUGAUUGUAAUAUUUUUCAGAAUCGAAUAAAAGUUUCAGAUUAUCAUGUAGAAAUUACAAUUUGCCGUAGCAAUGAGCAUUGUACUGCGUGGACUAAGUGUAAACGUGGUGUUUGUCGAUGCAAGAGUAAUGAGACAAAUACUGGUUACACGUGUAAAGCUGUAAAUCAUGUGGCAUAUCCGGGUCAAAAAUGUGAUACUUCUCGAGAGUGUGUGGGUGAAUCGCUAUGUUUGCAAGGAAUUUGCAUAUGCACUGGGGGAUUAAUUAGUAUGGGUUUAGAAUGUGGUAUUUUACAAAAAGAAAUGGUGGCAUAUCAUAAAAAUUUCGCUAAAAUAACUGAAAGCUGUCAAAGAGGAGAAAUUUGUAUCGGAAAUUCCAAAUGUAUUGCUGGGUACUGUGCCUGUACGGCUAAUGAGUUUAUCGAUGAAAAUGGACAAUGCAAAAGUUUGUAUACAUCAGAUGGAAUUGCUGCUUCAUGGAAACAACGAUUAUCAGAAAACUUAGAAGUAUCAGCAAAAACAAAGUCUGACAAUGCAAUAGUAGAUUCAACUGUUCAAGCGAUACCAUAUACAAAACCAAAGUCUGGUCUGCCGGGUCAAGGCUGCACUUUAAGUGGAUUCUGUGUACAAGGAGCCUUCUGUAGCGAUAAUAUGCUUUGCGUGUGUAGUUCAGGAUAUACUUCAAUAUAUGGAUUUUGUAUGCCAAUAAUGCAGGAAGAGGCUUCUGCUUCUGUUGGAGGAUUCUGCUUACAUAAUACUGACUGUCCUAUUAGUACUUACUGUCAAAAUUCUCUGUGCAAAUGUGCUGAUGGAUUUGUUGAACAAUCAGGAGAGUGUUAUAAGGUAUCACAAGUUAAUGAAGACUGUUCGACUGAUCCACUUUGUAAUCCUACUUUCCGUUGUGAGUCUAAAACAAGCUCUUGCUUUUGUGCACCUGGUGAAUUAUUGUUUCAAGGCACAUGUAUUCCACAUCAAUUGCAGCCAUCACACUAUUCUCUUAACUGUAACAGAAAUCAAAAAUGUCAUCACUCUGGAUACUGUAGUGGUGGUUACUGUGUAUGCAUUGAUGGCAGUAUUACUAAAUCUAUUGACUGCAUACCUCAAAAUGAAAUCAUACCAUUACCUAAUGGAAAGCAGUCCCUUAAUAAACGAUUUUCAAAACAAGGAACAUUAGUAUUCGGAAAUAAAAUUUUGACGAAUAAUGUCAAGAAAAAAGGAGACUUACAGACUCUUAUGAAUACAAUUGCGUCAAAUGCAAAUAUUACCGUAUCAAAACCAAUUUCCAAUUUAUCGUCAGCAACAUUGUGCAAUCAAAAAUGCCCUCAAAAUUCAGAUUGUCAUGGAAAAAUUUGCAUAUGCAAAGUAGGUUUCAUAGCUGUGAAUAAAACAUGCAGAGCUUUCCGUGCACCAUAUGCGCGUUGUUCAGAAAUGGAAGAUAUUUGCGCUUACAAUGCAUAUUGUAUUGACGGAUUAUGUCAAUGUAGGUCAAAUACAGUAUUAAGCAAUGGAAAAUGUAAGCCUAAAAAGUAUUUUGCACAAUUUGGACAAUCUUGUAGUCAUAAUAUUGAGGCAGUAAAUUAUUUACAACAUUUGCGACUUCCAUUGCGAAUUUGUGACAAUAAAAUGGAAUGUAUUAAUGGGUGGUGUGAAUGCAAAUAUGGAAUGUUUUUUGAAAAAAAUACAAAAAAAUGUACUGAGAGUUCUCAGCGAUCAGAAAAAAUGAUAAAAAGGCAGGUAAGCAAAACUGCAUCAAAUUAUUUUAUCGCAACAACAAAUACCUACAAAAAGCAUACCAGUGGAAAGAUGAUGACAAUUUGCAAGAAUGAAGCAAAUUGUUCAGAUCAAGAAAACAAUGCAUUGCUUAAUCGGAAUUUUAAAUUUGUAGGUACAGAACUCCUUGAAAUUCCACCAGGUGGAAAUUGCUUAAAUAGUAAAGUUUGUAGCGGUGGUUCCAUCUGUAAAGAUGGCUGGUGUAUCUGUCCAGAAGCUUCAAUGACAAUCAUUGAUGGUAUUUGCAUAAAGUUGACACCUACAUUAACUUUCAAAGCAGACGUUAGUUUGAUUAUUUUUAAAUUAAAUUUGAUUUAA